CAUGUUUAGAGUUGUAGCCCUUGCCAGCAAAAGAGCUGCAUCAGGUCGAAUUUUAGUCAUUCCAGCCAGGCAAUUCAAACAAUGUCAACCCAGAAUUCCAAUCAUACUUUCUCGGCGGAUGCAAUCCACAACAGCAACAACUACUACUACUACUACUAAUCCAACACCUUGUCAAAAAGUUGAUUUAGAGGUAUCUCCUUUGGUUAGAUACGAUGCAAUCGUCUCUCAGGGAAAAGUUAGACUUGACAAUCACCAGAGGUCCAUAAUAAAACAUCUCGAUCGUCUCUGGAGAGAUCUCAAACAGUAUUCCCCCCAACCUGCAGCCAUAUCAAUCUUGGCUGAUGAGAAUACCCACAAUGGUGUAUUUAGCUCUUUUUCAAAGUGGUUCAAUAGCGCAAAGCAGAACAAGGACGAAGACCCAAGUGCCUCUACUGCAUGGAGCCCAAAGUCAAUGUAUAUCUAUGGUGAUGUGGGUACCGGAAAGACCAUGGUCAUGGAUCUCUUUUUUGAUACCCUGCCUAUUACUCGCAAACGCCGAGUCCACUUCCAUGCCUUUAUGCUCGAUAUCCAUGCACGUAUCCACCGCAUCAAGACCGAAAACCCAAAACUAGCCAAUCCAUUAGCACCGAUUGCAGACGAUUUGUUAAAUGAUGCAUAUGUGUUGUGCUUUGAUGAGUUUCAAGUCACAGACAUCGCAGAUGCCAUGAUCCUCCGAAAGCUCUUCUCGGAACUCUUUGCACGCGGAAUCGUGCUCGUAACCACAUCAAACAGACACCCAACCGAACUCUACAAAAACGGUAUCCAGAGACAAUCGUUCCUGCCUUGUAUCGAUCUCUUGCUCGAAAGAUGCCAGGUCCUUAGUCUGGACUCUGGUACAGAUUACCGAAAAAUCGACCGAGCAACCUCUCACGUCUACUUCCACCCACUCAACCAAAAUACCCUCGAACAGAUCAAUGCCAUCACUCGCAAGCUGACCCACAACAAACCCAUGACUCCAAUGAAGAUCGAUUUCUUGUCACGCUCACUCGUAAUUCCCCAUCAGGCCGAUGGAGUUGCGCGAGUCAGGUUUGAGGAUGUGUGUGCAAGAUCACUCAGUGCGGCAGACUAUCUUGAGAUCGUCAAGAGGUUCCACACAAUCAUCCUUACUGACAUCCCCAAAAUGACCAUGAAACAUCGUGCCGAGGCAAGGCGAUUCAUUACAUUUAUCGAUGCCAUGUAUGAGUCAAAGGUGACCUUGAUUGCCAGUGCCGAGAAUAGCAUCAUGGAGAUCUUUGAUGCCGAACAAGGCGAGGAUGAGAUGGAUUCGGGGAUGCGGAUGAUGAUGGAUGCUCUAGACAUGACAGAUAUCAGCUCUCCCCUUUUCUCAGGGCAAGAAGAAGCAUUUGCUUUCCAAAGAGCCCUUUCACGUCUAGUUCAGAUGCAGAGCAAGGAAUGGGUUAACAAGGAAUUAUCAUGAUUAUUGAUAAUAUAUAUAUAUAUAUAUAUGUAAAUAGAGAAUACUCUAAUCAUAUACAAAAGUAGAUUCCUUUUUCUUCUUCUUUCUUUUAGAGAUAAUAUAAUAUAAUAUAAUAUGAUAUAAUAUAAUAUGACAUGACAUGUCAUGAUAUAAAAGUAUGUAUAUAGAUGUGAGUGAGUAAACAAGUAAGUAAGUAAGUAAGUGUUUGUACUGGUAUUAGUACUGGUAUUCGUUAAAUGAUAUAUGUGUAUAUGCGAGCGUGUAUAAGCAGUGUGCACCGGAAAACUUAUUGUCCAACUGUUGGUGAAUAGGGAUCAUAAAGUGGCCAUGGGUCUUGAAUUUGAUUAGUUAGACACAUUGGGUCGAACAUCGGCUGCACAGAGUGAGGAGUAAGAGGAGUAGGAGGAGGGUAUUCAAUACUUGACUGGUUUGAACCAAGAGUGUCUGUAGAUUCUGUUCGGUAGUGGGAUGAAGAAGACCAGCCCGAAUACAUGUAGUGUCCAGUAUCAUGUUGCCAAGAACACAUGGUAUCAGCAGAGUCACUCAAAGGACCAUAAUAUGUAUUCGGGUUGGCACUAAACGGCCUCGUGUACACAGGUGGUCUUGAAGACCAGGUAUCCAAUACUAG